AUGAAUCAAACUAAAAUAAUCGAUACUAUUAUUAAGCAUGUAUUCAAAGAUUACUUUGAUGAAAAUGGUGGAGGAAUAGAGAACCCUCGUAAUAGAUGGAUCGUCCAUUUGGUCUUGGUAUCAAAGGAUUGGUUUAGAGGUGUAUCGCAAUGUAUUGAUAGAGUGGUCAUUCAUAGUAAUACAUCGAUCAAACAAGUUGAACAACUUGAACGAUCGUUCAAAGGACAGUCACGACCAUACUCUAUCUUUGGAUCACAUGCUCUCAAACAUGUACAGUUUGAGAGUUUAGACAGACCACGUCAAAUCGAUCAACAUGCAACUCAGUUCUAUCAAACAUUGGCUAGUAUAUUCACAAAUUCAUUUGACUGGUCAAAGAAUAAUAUACAGUCAUUAUUGUUUAUAGAUUCUGACAAUCUAUUGAAUCAAUUGGUUAAUGUUGGCUCAGUGGCUGCAACGUUGGAGAAUAGUACUAUUAACAAGUUGGUAGUGUCAUCAUCUGCAACACCAGUAUUGGAUGUAGAAUGGUUGGCAAGACUCGUUGAACAAUGCAACCGAUUAGAGACCAUGUAUUUUAGAGACGAUGAGAUUAGUAAACAUUUGACAUUACUAUCAAUCGAGUCGUGUCAGCCAGUGUGUAGCGCACAGUUGUUUACAUCAUUACUACAAUGCAAGAAAUUAGAGAUAUUAAAGGUAUCAGGUGGAUCAUUGACAGACGAUACAGUAGUAGAGUCACUUGUACAAGUCGUCUCUUCUAUCCCAUCACUCUAUUAUCUUUCAGUUGCCGACAAUGGAUUGCAGGAAUGCGAACAACAUCUAGCCAAUGCAUUAUCUGUAUCGUCGUCUAAUAUUCGAGAAUUAGAUAUAUCUGGCAACCGAUUCAACGGUGAUCACCUGUUACCAACCAUCUCUAAAAGUGACCGUCUCUGCUCACUCACUCUCAACUCUGAUGAAUUCACACCCAAUGCAAACCAACUACUCCAACUACACCUCAAACAUUCCAUUCUACUGUCUUCCUUUACCGAUUGUAAACGUCGUCAAAUAGACUUUUCUUCAUUCUUUAAAUAA